AUGUUCAUCUCCAGCUGGUCUCUUGACUCUGGAGUCGCAGAACCAUCCUUUCUUUCUUUCUUUCUUUCAUUAUUUAGUCCUUUCUUUCUUUCUUUCUUUCAUUAUUUAGUCCUUUCUUUCUUUCUUUCUUUCUUUCAUUAUUUAGUCCUUUCUUUCUUUCUUUCAUUAUUAUUUAGUCCUUUCUUUCUUUCUUUCAUUAUUUAUCCUUUCUUUCUUUCUUUCUUUCAUUAUUUAGUCCUUUCUUUCUUUCUUUCAUUAUUUAGUCCUUUCUUUCUUUCAUUAUUUAGUCCUUUCUUUCUUUCUUUCUUUCAUUAUUUAGUCCUUUCUUUCUUUUUCUUUCUUUAUCCUUUCUUUCUUUCUUUCUUUCAUUAUUUAGUCCUUUCUUUCUUUCUUUCUUUCUUUCAUUAUUUAGUCCUUUCUUUCUUUCUUUCUUUAGUCCUUUCUUUCUUUCUUUCUUUAGUCCUUUCUUUCUUUCUUUCUUUCAUUAUUUAUCCUUUCUUUCUUUCUUUCUUUCAUUAUUUAGUCCUUUCUUUCUUUUUUCUUUCAUUUCAUUAUUUAGUCCUUUUAUUUCUUUCUUUCUUUCUUUCAUUAUUUAGUCCUUUCUUUCUUUCUUUCUUUCAUUAUUUAGUCCUUUCUUUCUUUCUUUCUUUCAUUAUUUAUCCUUUCUUUCUUUCUUUCUUUCAUUAUUUAGUCCUUUCUCUUUCUUUCUUUAUUUUUAGUCCUUUCUUUCUUUCUUUCUUUCAUUAUUUAGUCCUUUCUUUCUUUCUUUCUUUAGUCCUUUCUUUCUUUCUUUCUUUCUUUCUUUCAUUAUUUAGUCCUUUCUUUCUUUCAUUAUUUAGUCCUUUCUUUCUUUCUUUCAUUAUUUAG